AUGAGCAAGCCACUUUCGUACGGUCUCAACCUCAGCAAAAAACCCGGCUCACAAAAACCAAACCCCGCAAAGCGACGGCCCGUAUUCGGCGACGAUGGCGACUCGGACGAUGAGGACAACCGCACCGGCGCCAAAACCGGACAGGUCGAGGUGAUCACAGAGAUCAGCGACGCCGCAUCGGCAUCAGGAACCGCCGCCAGCAGGCGUGACGUCAAGAUAUCAUCAACAGCAAAGCCCAAACCGGGGCAAAGGCCAUUGUCCGGGGCAAAGGCGCCGGGAGGUGCAGGCAAGCAGGUGCCGAUCUUGGGCGACCUGUCGAGCGCGCUGACGGCGCGCAAGCAUGCGGAGAGCGCCGAGCAAGAGGACCCAUCGAUAUAUGACUACGACGCGGCGUAUGACUCGUUCAAGGCGACGCCUGCAGCGGCAGCGGCGGCCAAGGCGGCGUCGGCGGCGGAGCGCAAGCCGCAGUACAUGGCGAGCCUGAAGAAGAUGGCCGAGGUGCGGGAGAGGGAUCGCAAGAUCGCAGAGGACAAGAAGAUGAAGCGGGAGCGCGAGGCCGAGGGGGAUGAGUUUGCCGACAAGGACAUGUUUGUGACCGAGGCGUAUAAGAAGCAGCAGGAGGAGAACAGGAGGCUGGAGGAGGAGGAGAGGAGGAGAGAGGAGGCAGAGGACAAGCAGAACGAGGCCGGCGGCAUGACGGGCUUCUACAAGCGGCUGCUGGACCAGGGCGACAAGAGACAUGCCGAGAUGAUGAAGGCUGCUGAGGAGGCACAGAAGAACGGUGGACCUCAAAAGACCCAAGAGGACGAACCGGAGGAAAAAGAAAAGACGGACGCCGACGUAGCCCGGGAACUGAACGAGAAGGGUGCCUCGGUAGCCAUCAACGAUGACGGUCAGGUCGUCGACAAGAGGCAGCUGCUGAAGGGCGGGCUCAACCUCGGUGCCAAGAAGAAGACCGAGGGCAAGAAGGACGACGAUCGCGACCGGAGGGAUGAGCGCGACAGGCGAGACCAUGGGGGCAGCAGGGGUUACUUUGGCGGCGGGGGCAAGCAGGCCGCUCGGGAUCGGCAAUCACGCAUGAUGGAAGCUCAGUACGAACAGGCGCUCAAGCGUUCACGGGAGGAGGCCGAGGAGGAGCGCAAGAAGAUUGAACUAGUAUCCAAGAGUCGCAAGACAGAGAGCGAUAUCUCGAGCGCCAAAGAGAGAUAUCUGGCGCGCAAGAGGGCCGAAGCAGAGGCAAAGAAGAACGGCGCGGUAGAUCAGUAA